AUGUGUUCCGCUGUGACAUAUAAGGUGUUGUGCUGGUUUUAUGCCCUCUGCCACUUGUACCUCGCGUACUGCGCCAUCCUGAACGCCGGUGGCAUAAGCAGGUUGAUCGGCAAAUCUGAUUGUGCUACCGAAAGCGGAUCCGAGCGGGCAGAAGAACAAACGUGCAAUGUUACUCUGGUCACCGCAAGUGCGCUGGAUUGCUUCAUGUCGCUGCUGAUGCUGGGAGCUGUCACAAUGCGGAAGACGACGUUGCUGAAGGCGUACAUGGCAUACCUGUGGAUUCGAUUCAUAUUCUGCUUCUAUAUGUGGCUGACUGUGUGGAACACAUUCCGAACCGGAGAUGCAAAAUACGUGCCGUUCUCUGUGUGGGCCCUUGUCCUGGUCCUAUUCUGCGUGUACUACAGCCUAGAGCUUUGGGUGAUGAAGGGAGCCCAUGACGCCAUCGGCCUGGAGUGGGCCGACCGGGAUGCUGUCGACUGCUGCUGCCUUUGCUGCCUGCGCGUGGAAGGAUUUAUACCCUGA